UCCUCCGUUACGUUGCAGCAGACUUACAGACUGACACGAGAGAGAGGAGCGGAGGGACAGACCCGCUGACCACCUCGCGAUCGUUUCGACCCGCAAGUGAUGGAGAGCACGGAGAUUUUUUUGUACACCUUCCUCGCGUCUGACUACAUCUUUAACGUCUUGUUCAUCGCAUGGCUCUUCGCCAACGAGACACCCACACAUGUCACCAACUAUGGAUUGCUUAAUUGAAGUUGGGCCACCUGAUCCUGUUUCCGCGAGGACAACCCGCCGACAUUAGAGUUAGAGAAGUCGUUAUGGACAGUUGUGCAAAUCUUUAAUUUCCUGCUCAGAGAACUGGAGUCAAAAGCAAUAUUGCAACCGCAUGAUUUCACAUCUGCCUGCGCGUAAAGGACGCGGAAGAAACGGUUCCACUGCUGCCUGAAAUGCUCUGCGCCAUGCUUUAGUAAUAAUGGAGGAAAGCUGUAGUUAGAAGUACAGGACAUGUUUGUGUGACUGUUUUGCUUCUGCUGGAUUUGAUGAGAGAGUGGCGGGCAGCUUUUUAACACGAAUACCAAUUCUGCGCGGCAGUUGAGUCGCUCUGUUUCCAGAGGAGAUCCACCGCAUCAAGAGACCUGGAAUCUGUGACAGGCAACAGGCCUCACGAUCACUGUGACAGGUACACUGACAGACGUUUUUUUUUCCUGCUCUAUUUGCUUUCAUUACUACCAAGAGAGUUUUUUUUCAAGCUGCGUUCAAUUUCUCCUGUGAGCCAUGGCUUUACCAGAUAGUGGCAUAUCUGCGGAGGAGGUCCCCUUUCCAGAGAUUAUAGAGCUCAAUGUUGGCGGCCAGGUGUACAUAACCCGCUACUCCACCCUCACAAGUGUGCCAGACUCCCUGCUAUGGGAGAUGUUCAGUCGAAAGUCAAAUAAAGGACUGGCUAGGGACACAAAGGGUCGUUUCUUUGUCGACCGUGAUGGCUUCCUGUUCCGUUACAUCCUGGACUAUAUGAGGGACCAGCAGCUGGUUCUUCCAGACCACUUCCCCGAGCGAGGCCGCCUGCAGAGGGAGGCUGAGUUCUUCAACCUACCAGAGCUUGUCAAACUGCUGGCACCCAAACUCAGCAAGCAGAACUCCCUUGGGGAAGAUGGAUGUCAGAGUGACCCAGAGGACUCCUCACCAGGAAUCGACUCAGCCCGGAACCUCAGCUCCCUGGGUGCUGCUGCUGCUGCCUGUGCCAGCCUGGUGCCCGGUUCCAUGGACGGCAAACGCUCCGGGUUCAUCACCAUCGGCUACAGGGGUUCAUACACCCUGGGACGAGACAGUCACACUGACGCCAAAUUCCGCCGGGUGGCACGGAUCAUGGUGUGCGGGAAGACCUCUUUGGCCAAAGAGGUUUUCGGGGAGACCCUGAACGAGAGCCGGGACCCUGACCGCCCCCCUGAACGCUACACAUCCCGCUACUAUCUAAAGUUCACCUUUCUGGAGCAGGCGUUUGACAAGCUGGCUGACGCAGGCUUCCACAUGGUGGCCUGUAACUCUACAGGAACCUGCGCCUUUGCCCAUGAGCAGACAGACGACAAGAUCUGGACCAGCUACACUGAAUAUGUGUUCUACCGUGGUUUGGGAGGGGUUUCCAAGGCAGCGACCUCUGGCCUCAUGGCCUUGACUGGAGUGACAAUCACUGAACCUCCUGCCACUCCUGCUGGAACAGAGUCAGCGGAGCCUGGCAGCAGCGGCCGAACCCGCAGCCUCCCAGAAACCAGCAACAGCAUUACACUGGACCCACGAAACCCACUGUACAUGGACUCUCCCCCUCCUCUUACACCUCCUCUUCCUCCUCCACCUCCUCCCCACGUAGACUGCCCUGACCUCCCUCCCCUGUCACCUCUAGUCCUGCCUCCACCACUGCCGUCAUCCAAACAUUCCUCCACCUUCAGUCCUCCUCUUCACUUAACGCUGCCGCUCGCAGAGAGCCCGCAACGUCCGAGCACUCUCAACCUGAGGACACUGCCUCGUCCAGGCGUCAGGGAGAAUGGGGGGCCACCGCCGGGAGUGGAGGAGGAGGAGGAGGAGAGGAAGCUGCUGGAGGAGGAUUUGAAGAAAUGCAUUGACGACUUCAAGAAGAUCCGCUUGCCGUCUGUGUUUCCGGAUCGCAAGAGGCAUUGGCAAAGUGACUUGCUCAAGAAGUACAACGCGUAGAGUACUUCACAUAAAUUCAGGAAGCGCUGACACAAACUUUCUGAAGAUUUUCAGCAAGUUUACUUUAACUUGUGAUAGAUAGCUUUUGCAUGUAAACUGAUUUUUUUUGAUGAAUUGCAGUGUUUAGGCAGAGCUCCUCUAGCAGUUUCACAGUUACACAAUCAAAACAGAGAUCUGCCAUGUUCCCAUCAUAGGAAAAACUCCUCUGUAGAGAUUAUUAGUAACACAGCUUUGUUCCACACAACUAUUUGGAGACAUCAAAAGUAUUGAUCAACCACUUUCUUUUAAAUCAACGAAGGAAAAUACGUGUGAUGUUUUAAAUAAGAGAUCUGUUCUGCUUUGUAUUCUCUCCACUGAUCAGCUAUCUGGAAAAUGUUAGCUAAUUAUCAAAUUGUAGGCAUUUGACCUUGCUGAUGCAAAAUAAAAGGAAGAAGUGAAAUCUCUGGUGCUAAUCUUCUAAAAAGAAA